AGCUGAAAUCGUUUGGAGUGGACGCUGAGCAGUUGUUGUGGAUUCCCGUGGCAAGUCUAGUCUCGUGGAUAGUGGAAACCGUAAAAGGAGGACAAGAAUAAAAAAAGAAAACAUUCUACUAAACGAUCAACCGAUACAAAGAGUUCCUAAAAUGUGGGCUGUUUGUUUAUCUGCUUCCUGCUGAAACCUGAGGAUGAAGCCUGUGAUUGUGGUGCACGGUGGAGCAUGGGCCAUACCAGAUACAUUAGCCGAGGCAUCUGUGGCUGGGGUGAAGGCUGCCGCUCUGGCAGGGAGCGAGGUUCUGAAGAGAGGGGGCAGAGCGCUGGAUGCUGUUGAAGCUGCUGUGAGGAUGAUGGAGGAUGAUCUGGUUUUUGAUGCCGGUCAUGGAGCCGUGCUGAAUACUGAUGGAGAAGUGGAGCUGGACGCCAUCAUCAUGGAGGGAGAAACACUGGCUGCCGGAGCUGUUUCCUCAGUGAGAAACAUUGGCAAUCCUGUUAGCCUCGCCCGUGCCGUGAUGGAAAAGACUGAUCAUGUCAUGUUGACAGGCAGAGGGGCAAACCUGUUUGCAGAAAGCAUCGGGGUGCCUACACUGCCCACAGACGCACUGGUGACAGAGGAGGAGAGGAAAGAAUGGGAACAUCGUUAUAAGAGAUAUACUGUUGGUGUCAAAGAGCUCUUUAACUCACAAUGGGGCCACGACACAGUUGGAGCUGUGGCACUGGAUUCCUUCGGUAAUGUCGCCUGUGCGACUUCAACUGGAGGGAUCAGGAACAAAAUGGUGGGAAGAGUCGGAGAUUCUCCAGUUAUAGGAUCAGGUGGAUAUGCAGACAAUAAGACUGGCGCAGUGUCCUGCACUGGUCAUGGCGAGUCUAUUCUCAAAGUCACCUUAGCCAGGCUCAUCCUCUUUCACAUGGACCAAGGACGGACAGCUUCGGAAGCAGCUAAAUCCUCUCUGCAGUUCAUGCGCAAGCGUGUGCAGGGCUGCGGGGGGGCUAUAGUUGUGUCCCCCAAGGGAGACUGGAGCGCCACAUUCACCACAGAGCGCAUGGCCUGGGCAGCCGUCGACGAGAACGUUCUCUGCUACGGUUUGAAUCCUAAAGAAGAAUUAAAGGAAUCAUUGAAAUAACACAUUUAUGAUAGUUUUAUAUUUUUACUUCAACAGUACGAAUUUGUUUAUCAAGAAUCAUAAUGCAUAGUUCUUAUUUACUGUGCAGUGUAAAUCUGUCACACAUUUACAUCAGCUGUGUUUAGUUAUUUUGAUUGAGGCUCUAUAUGUAGCUUAACCCAAGCUAUGAAUCCAUCGUCCUUAUUCUAAAACAUGUUUAUUCUGAUUAUGCUAAAUUCUGUGGUGACAGUGAUGCCUAUGAAAUGCCUGCUACAACAAAGCUCAAAGAGAAUAAUGAAUGUUAAUAAAACACAACAUAAUUUACUGCUGUAUUAAUCUUUAAUACUACCCUACUAAAUGGGGUGGUUUGUUAUUCUGGGCAGUAUCCUGUAGUCUUGGUUAAGAAUUACAAUGAUGUUCCAUCCAUCCAUCCAUCCAUCCAUCCAUCCAUCCAUCCAUCCAUCCACCCAACCAUCCAUCUUCUAAGGACACCUCAGUCAUGUACUGUCGGCUCUGGGAAUCGAACCGGCGACCUUCCGGUCACAAGGUUGGUUCCCUAACCUCCAACCCACGAAUGCCCUCUAAUACUUAUAAUAUACUUACAAGAUACUUACAACACUGACACUGACUAAUUGAAAGUUUCUACAUUCAACUUUGUUAUAUAAUGACAUAUUUUACAAAAAUACUAGGUUCACAAACUCACCUGAAUAUCUUUGUUACAUGUUGGUACUGUACUAGGUAAGCUAGUACAGUACCAAUGCGGGGGGGUGCUGGAGCCUAUCCCAGCAGUCUUCGGGCGAAAGGCAGGAUACACCCUGGACAGGUCGGCAGUCCAUCGCAGGGCACAAUGAUGUUCAGAAAAGAUAUUGAGAAUAAACAUUGAACUGCACGUGUAGAAAUACAGCUAACACAGCUAGCACAGACUGAGCGGCGCUGUUUCAGGACAGAUUUGUUACAGGACUGCAUCAGAUUUUGUUCCUCUCAUAUCCAAUCCAGCAUUUUGUACAUGGAUUAUUCUACUGAACUGGUUCAAAGUCAUAGUUCAGAACACAUUUUGGCCCUUCAACUGACUGGGUCUUUAGACUGAACACCUUUUUCUGAGUGACCUUAUACCUUUAUUACGUUUAUUCUAUUAAUAAAUGAUUGAACAUUUCA